UCUGGUUCUCGCUCCGGACAAACUGCGGCGGGGCGCUGGGGGUCUCCAAAAGUUUGUUGAAAUUACUGGAGAGCUGUGAGACUCAGGGGCCCGGGAGGUUUGGGGGAUUGUUUUCCAGGGACCGGGUGUCUUGUGAUUUGAUUUUGGUGCAGCUUUUGUUUGCAGUUUAGUCAUGGAGACUCUCAGCGGUCUCCUUGUGCUCCUGUGCGCUUUCAUGGCUGCAGCGCAAGCGCCAAACCAAAGAUCCAGAUUUGCGGAAUGUCCUGUUGACCUUUUCUUUGUGCUGGACACAUCUGAGAGCGUCGCCCUCAGACAGAAACCUCCCAACUUUUAUAUUGACCAGAUCAAGGAGUUCACCAAACGCUUCAUAGAUGAACUCCAUGAGAUGCGCCAUGAAUGCGACCGUGUCCUGAUGUGGAACUCAGGAGCGCUGCACUACAGUGACGACGCCAUCCUUGUGCGGGAACUAGGUGACAUGAACACCGGCCGCAACGCCCUGAAGACUGCUAUCGAUGGCAUCAAAUACAUCGGCAAGGGCACCUACACCGAUUGUGCCAUCAAGAGGGGCCUGGCAGAGCUGCUCAUUGGGGGCUCCCACUACCACGAGAACAAGUACAUUGUGGUUGUGACUGAUGGCCAUCCCAUCACUGGGUACAAAGAGCCAUGUGGAGGAGUGCAGGAGGCUGCUAAUGAAGCCCGGCAGCAUGGGGUUAAAGUGUUUGCUGUGGCCAUCUCACCUGACCAGGAGGACACCAGGCUGUCUAUCAUCGCCACAGACCACAACUACAGACAGAACUUCACGGCUGCAGAUGACACCAGAUCCACCAAGAUCAAAACCAUUCGAUCCAUCAUUGACAUCAUUACAAAUGAGACAAAGGAUGUGUGCUGCUCCUUUGACUGCAAUGCUCCUGGAGGGCCAAAAGGACCAGAUGGAGAAACCGGUGCCAAGGGAGAGAUGGGUCGACCGGGGAUGCCAGGAGAGAAAGGAGAUAUUGGUCCUGUGGGCAGUGUUGGUGAUCCUGGUCCAGUUGGCUACAGUGGAAUGAAGGGUGACCGUGGGCCCAGAGGAGACAAGGGGGAAAGAGGACACAAAGGCUUCAAGGGUGACAAAGGUCAAAGAGGAAUGGAUGGAGUUGAUGGACGUAAGGGUGAACAUGGUUUCCCUGGACUUUCCGGUUGUAAAGGUUCUCCUGGAUCUGAUGGUCUGCAGGGAGAGGCCGGACCAAAGGGGGACCCUGGCCCUUAUGGAAAGAAAGGAGAGAAAGGAGAUCCUGGAAAAAAUGGUGAACCGGGACGUCCUGGAAACUAUGGGCCCCUGGGCCCUCGGGGUGAACCAGGCCCUCGUGGACCUGAUGGAGACAAAGGAGAGCGUGGCGAUGAUGGACCGUCUGGAACAGAUGGGGGACCCGGCGAGAGGGGGCAAGUCGGCGAGAAGGGCGAGCAAGGUUCUCGUGGAAACAGAGGUCCGAGAGGAGAACCGGGAGACCCAGGAACACGUGGAGAGCAGGGGAGGGAGGGGCCAACUGGUCCCAAUGGAGACCCUGGUGAGCCUGGAAAGUCUGGAGCUCCUGGCUACAGAGGAGAUGAAGGUUCUCUGGGAUCAGAGAACAAUCAACCAGGGCCUACCGGAUCUAAAGGGGCCAAAGGUCACAGAGGACCCGAGGGCAACCCGGGUCCUGUUGGACCGCCUGGACCUCCAGGAUCUGAUGAAUGUGAAAUUCUGGAUAUCAUCAUGAAGCUCUGCUCUUGUUGUGAGUGCAAGUGUGCACCUGUGGACCUGGCGUUCAUCGUGGACAGCUCAGAGAGUAUCGGUGCCACAAACUUUGCCCUCGCCAAAGACUUCAUCAUCACAGUUAUCGACAGGCUGAUUAAAAACCACCAGGUCAAGUUUGCAGCAAACCAGUCCUCGGUGAGCGUCGUCCAGUACAGUGGAUCACAAGCCCAGGAGGUCGUGAAACUCACCAGUAACCUCACCGGCUUCAAACAGGCGGUGAGAGACCUGCGCUGGCUGGCUGAGGCCACCUACACAGGCGAGGCCCUGGAGUUCGCUCUGACGGCGACGCUCAAAGACAUGAGGAAGGACAACAAAGUUGUUCUGGUUCUGACUGACGGACGCUCCGACAUCAUCAGGGACAAGGUUCCCCUCAAUGUGCUCUGUGGGAAAGGCCUUGUGGUGGGGGGUUUGGGAGUUAAGGACUACUCGGGCCGCCAGCCCAACCAGGAGCAGCUUCAGUCCGUGACGUGCGAGGCUGACCCCAAACCAGGCUUCUCUUUUGUUCUGGAUAACUUUGCUGAGCUGCUGAACGACAACUUCCUGCAGAACCUCACAGCCAAGAUCUGCCAAGAGAAAAAGUGCCCAGACUACAAAUGUCCCAUCUCUUUCUCUGAAGCUACUGACAUUUUGGUGAUGAUGGACAGCUCAGCCAGUGUGGGCCAGAAGAACUUCGAGAUAAGCAAGACUUUUGUCCGACGCUUGGCCGAACGUUUCCUGGCAGCCGAGAGAAAGGGAGGUGCCAGAGUCAGAGUGGGCGUGGCCCAGUACAGCAGAACCCCCAAAAUGGAGCAGGUACCAACUGCCAAUCUGACCGUGCUGUCUUCUCACAUCGAAGAAGCAGCUUUCCAAAAUGACGGCACCAACGUCUUGGAGGCUCUCGGGUUUGCCGUUACCAGCUUCCGCGGUCGUGGGGACGCAUCUUCUGGGGGCCGUAAAAAGCUGGUGCUGUUUUCUGACGGCCGGUCCCAGAGAGUCACCGAGGCGCUUUUGGAGAAGCGAGUUCGUGAGGUGGCAGAUGCCGGCAUUGAGCUCUUUGUCAUCUCGGCCGGCAGCCAGGUGAGCGAGGCCAAUCUCCGCAUGCUGGUGAGCCGGGGCCGGCAGGACGACAUCUCCUACGCUCAGCGCCACCUGUUCCGCAUCCCCGACUACCCCUCGCUGCUCCGUGGGGUCUUCCACCAGACCGUCACCCGCAGGGUCUCUUUGCCCUAAGUGUCAACCGAAGGACCAACUUGUUUUAGUUUUUUAGUUCCAAUAAAAAAUAUUCAGUCUCACUCAUUUACACUGCGUUCAAGUACGUCUGACAAAGAAAGAGGAAAUGUCACUAAGUUACAGAAGAUUGUGUGACAGCUAAAUGUAAAUAUUUUACUGAAUCAACCCUCCAAGGCAGAACAGCUUAGGCUGGGUCCAGCACAACCUGGAUGUAACCCUGCAGGACAUGCUGUGUUUAGCCUUUGUGGUCAAAUUCAGAGUAAAACCUUCAAAGCAGCAAACUUUGAUCCUGGAGAGUCCUCUUUAACAACCACGUUAAAUAAAUGUUUCUAUUCUUCAUCUGGACCGAUCUCCUCUCAGGUGCUCUACACUUCUGUGUCCAACUCUAACGUUCUUCAUCCCAGCAGUGGAACCUCCUGAAGCCUCUCCAGGACCAGAGUUACUGCUGGUUUUGCUUUAAUGUGGAUCCGUCUUAUAGCUCUUAGCACCCUCAGAUGUGUUGUGUUACAAUAAUGAGAAACAAGUUUAAAAAAGACUACAACCUCAGCACUAACACUUCUCCCUGCACUAGUAUGAAACUGGUUCCAGACUGGUUCAUCACUUUAUUUGUUUUGUCAGCGAGAAGCAGAACGAUGUGUUUCUGAUUUGAUUGAAGCAGCUGACGUCAUUUAAAAGCUCUGUUAGAUCACCAUGAUGUGGCCGUCAGGCAGACUUUGAAGUAAGGCCCACCAAUAUUUCACCUGAUGCACAUAAAAACAGCUGGACUCAACAUGUGUGGAUAUCUAGUGUGUGUGCAUGUGUGUGUGUGUGCACCAUAUAUAUGAGGCUGUGUGUGAAAACUUGGGGAAUAUCUGGUUUAGCUGGGGGUAAAAUUCCAGAGUAAUAGAGACAAAAGCCUGUUUUAUGUUUGUGCAGCAGAGAAGCUUCAUCCAAACACACACACACAUUUACCUUCCAAUAGCCACCAUGAUUAAAAGUUCUUAAUGAGCUUUUGAGCCAUCGUGUGUCUUUUACAGCAAGAUUCACCUGAUUUGUAGUCCAGAGAGGCUCAGAGAAUUACUGAACUGUUCUCAUCGGUGUAAGUUCUUGAAGAUCAUUUUAACUGAGAGGACUCAGUGGUGCUGUAAGAGCUCUUUCAAUAAAGGUUGUUACACCUCA